AUGAGCGCCGACCGCGCAGGCCGCGCGCCGCCCGGCGCCGCAUCGCCCGCACUGCGCCACGACGCCCAGCUGCAGUUCGCGCAGCUGCGGCAGCCCGGCAACUGUCCCUCGGGCAUCUACCUCAGCCCCGCCCUGGCGCCGCCCGCAGACGCCACGCGCCUCCACGGCGUCGUCUUUGUGCGCCGCGGGCCCUACGCCGGCGCCGUGUUCCGCUUCGACAUUGCGUGGACGCAGCAGGCGCGGGCGCCCGACGUGCGCUUCGCCGACGAGUGUGUGCACCCGCUGGUCGAUCCGCAGACGCACCUGCUGCGCCUGCAGCCGCGCUUUGCCGUCUGGCGGCCGCGCGAGGACCUGCUGCCCGCGCUGCUCGCCUACAUCAAGGCCAUCUUCAAGCGGCGCACGCUCGACGUGCUCGACGCGGCCAGCGCCGCCGACGCUGAGCUCUUCCGUCUCUACGGCAGCGACCGUGCCCUCUUCAUGCGCCUCGCAGCGCAGAGCGCCGCCUCGUCCGUCUCGCCGGCGCGCCUCUACGCGGCCGACUCCAAGGCGCGCGCCGGCAGCGCACCCGCACCUGCCGGCAUCCGCUUCGGCGAGCUCGACGACGAGCUGUACGCGCAGAACGACGAUGCCGUUGUGGACAGCGAGCUCGUGGAUGCUGAGCUUGUUGACGACGAGACGCGGCUUGACGACAAGGAGCCGCCGAGCAGCGAGGCGGAGGCGUCGACGACGCGGGUCUCGACGGCGUCGUGGCUCGCUUCGCCGAUCUGGCCGAGCGAGAAGAGGGCAUCCGUGCAGCAAGAAGAGGCCGCAGACGAUGAGCUCGAGUACGAAAGGCUCUCCAGCGACAAGCAGUGGUCGACCAGUGAGACGCUGCUCUCCCGGGCACACGCGAAAUGCUCGUCUUCACUGACGUGCGAUAACGAGACACGUUCGGCUCUCUGA